AUGGCUGAUACAAAAAAUUCUACAGACAAUGUCAACAUUCAGAUUACAUCUAUCAAACUCAAGGGGAGCUCUAACUAUCUACUAUGGGCCCAAGCUGACCGUGUCUACAUUAUGGUUAAGGACAAACUAAGCUGCAUUAUUUCUGACCCUCCGGCUCCAGAUUCUAAGGAUUACAGCACCUGGAUGAAGGAGAAUGCAAUUAUUCUGAUUUGGAGACAUAACAGUAUAACCCGUAUUUAUGAGCUUUAUGAGAAGCUAUUCCAGUUCCAACAGUACGAUAAAUCUCUUCAGGAGUACUACAGUGCUUUUAAGGGGAUCGUUGAAGAAUUGAACGUGUUUCAGCCCCUUACCACUGAUAUUGAAAAAUUGAAGGCCCAACGGGAUGAAUUCUUUGUCUCAAAAUUUUUGGCUGGAUUAUAUCCUAAUCUGAAGGUUGUAAAGGGUCACUUACUUGCUGACACCAACCCCAAGGAAAACUCAGCAUUCACUACUAGUAGAGGCUGUGGUUUAAGGGGAGGACGUGGUACUGGAGGCCGUGGAUCUGGUGGGCAGCAUAUUGACAAAGCUGCCCGGCAAUGUUCUUAUUGUGAGAAAUCCAAUCACAUUGUUGAUACAUGCUUGUCCAAGCAAGGGAAACCAGAAUGGACUCAACACUUGGCCAAUCAUGCAGCUCCUGAAGAAAGUACAAACAUGGUUGCAUCUAGUGAUACUAAAUCAGGUUCAGCCAUGGCAGAAUCCUCCACCGCUCUUCGUGAUGAGGUUCAUCAGCUGAUGCGCUGCAUAAAGAGUCUUGAGUCAUCCACUUCCACCAUUGAGGCAUCUACUUCCACUGCCACAUUGGCCCAUGCAGGUACACAUGCCUUUCUUUCCACCACUUCCACUCCCUGGAUCAUUGAUUCGGGGGCGUCCGCUCACAUUACUGAUAAGUCAUCUAUUUUUAGUUCCAUUUCAUCUAAUUCUCAUACUCCACCUGUUAUCCUUGCCAAUGGUUCUUAUACACCUGUUACUGGGCAUGGUACUGAUCUUCACAAGAGGAAGACGACUGGUGGAGGGCAUGAGAAAGAUGGCCUAUAUUACCUUUACGAUGCUGUCCCAUGUGCUUCUGCAGCUGCAAGCCUGCAACUACUAUUGGUAGAGAGUCGCCAUUCCAAUGGCAUUGUCGGUGAUAAGUUAGAUCCUAGAUCAACUAAGUGUGUUUUUCUGGGUAACUCCCGUACUCAGAAGGGGUACCGGUGUUAUGACCCAAUUACUCGGAGACAGUUUGUUAGUGUUGAUGUCACCUUCUUUGAAGGUACCUCUUACUUCUCUGAUCAGCCCACCUUGUCAGAUGAUCCUCUAACUGUGUCUGACCCUCCUCCCAUCCCUGUGGUUGUUCCUCUAUCUAACCCCCCACUACAGGUGUAUCGACGUAAGGGGCAUAUUGGGCAGCACAGUACAAAUACUACUGGUCCAUCUCAAUCUCUUCUUGUACCAUCCUUAACCUCUGGUGCGGAUCCUCCCUUACUUGCUCUUCCUGACUUACCAACUGAACCAAAUGACUUGUUAAUUGCUGUUCGUAAAGCCCUUUCUAUCCCUGCUUGGAAGAAAGCCAUGGAUGUGGAAAUGGAUGCCUUAUUGACUCGCCAUACUUGGGAGUUGGUGGAGUUACCUCUUGGUAAAGACCUGGUGAAAUGUAGGUGGGUGUAUACUAUCAAGUAUCACUCUGAUGGUUCUGUUGAGCGGCUUAAGGCUCGCCCAUGCUUUUCUAACCAUUCAGUGUUUGUUUGUUGCAAAGGAGAGAAAUUGGUUGUUCUUGUUGUCUAUGUAGAUGACAUCAUUGUCUCAGGAAAUGAUGAGGGUGGCAUUAAGGAGGUAAAAGAUUACUUACAGCAGCAUUUUCAGACCAAAGACUUGGGCCAGCUUCAUUACUUUCUUGGGAUUGAGGUUAUUAGAAGUAAAAAAGGGAUCAGCUUGUCUCAAAGAAAGUAUGUUUUAGAUCUCUUGACUGAUUCUGGUAUGCUUGCUGCCAAACCACUGGAUAUUCCUAUGGAUCCUGAUAAAAAGUUUGGGAAUGAUGAUGGGCAACCCCUUAAGGAGGUUCACUCCUAUAGAAGCUUGAUUGGGAAGUUAAUAUACUUGAGUGUCACUAGGCCGGACAUAUCAUUUGUUGUUAGGGUUCUCAGUCAGUUCAUGCAAUCUCCUUGUAAGUCUCAUUGGGAUGCAGCUAUUCGGGUUCUUCGAUAUUUGAAGGGUGCUCCUGGGAAGGGGCUUAUUUAUCGUCCCAAAAGACAUAUGGAGUUAGUUGCGUACUCUAAUGCAGAUUGGGCAGGUUCAGCUAGUGAUCGUCGGUCUACCACAGGGUAUUGUACUUUUGUUGGCGGGAACCUGGUUAUGUAG